UACUAUAUAACAAAUAAUUUGAGAAGCUAUGCAUUAGAUUGUAUGAACAAAGGGGUACUUCCGCCAAAUUAUAAUGAUGCCAUAAAGAACGAUGUUGCCCCUACUGCAGACAUCAGGGGGGCUGGUUGGGUCUUGACUGAACCCAAUACAGAUUAUCAGCAAGGUUUCCCUGGUGAGUUUGACGACACAAGGUUGGGACAGUUACGUCGCAGUGGGUCUAAAAGUUCCUGUUCUAGUGGAAGCAGCUCCAAUGUCAGAUUCAGUAAUGGGAGUGGGAUGUACACUAUGGCUGAUCAGAAUUACAACCUAGCCAAGGAGCUUCCACCAGGCUGGGAACUGAGAUUCCUCUCAACUGGUCGAAUGUACUACUGCCAUCUACCUACUGAUACUCAACAUUGGAACCACCCACACGAAAAGGCUGACUUACCCCCUGGAUGGGAGCGAGUGUAUAAUAAUGAGUACGGCGAAUAUUUCGUAAACCACAUCACCAAAACAGCCCAGUUCCUGCAUCCUGGCUCACUGCCAAAUCCUGUGUCUGGUGAAGAUCAUGCUCAAGCGCUGGCAGUAAUGAAGCAGAGGAAGAUCUUACAAGGAGACAGCGCACAGUUCCACUUACGUCCCGCCCUCCCAGUGUAUCUGAUUGAGGAGAUCCCGAUCUGGCUACAGGAAUACGCUCAGUCAGCCAGUGAACCAGUACGAAUGGGUAGAAGAGUCAGCCGCUAACCUGGACAAGUACCAGACCAUGAUGACCAGAUUGUACAGACAGGAACUUAAGGAGUGUAUUGAGCAAUAUGAGGAACACAGAAACAGAAUUAUACGGGAAUUGGAGGAGCGGAUGCAAUUACACGAUCUCUCACAAGCACCAUCCGCAGCACCAAAUCUAGAGACUUAUGUCUAAUGUUGAACUUUUAUAAUGACGUCAUGGAACGUUGUGGUGACGUCACGAAAUGUUUUACAUUGUAUAGAUCUUCAAUAAUUUCAAUCCUCGUCCCUGAGGGUGUGAGACCUCUCUAAAUUGCACAUCAUUGUGUUUUUCUGUUAUCCAUUUGUUUUCGAAUUAUCCUCAGUGAUCAGCCAGAUUUCAGUAUAUUAUUAUAACGAUUGAUUCCUUGAUCUUUAGCCUUCUUAGUGUGUUCAGAUAUGUUUGAUUUAAUUAUCAUACUCUUUUACGCGGUGAAAUAUUUUUAGAAUCGAAUAUUAUUUAUAACUUUUUAUGGAAGUAGCUACAGUACUGGUUGAUAACUUUUAUAAUAUUUUAACGAAAGGAAAUCUUAUAAAAUCCUUCACGACUAACUUAGUGCCGUUACUCAACCGUUCUAUUUUGGUGCAUUUUGUUGCCUCUUAGCAAGUUACAUCCAUGAGCUGGAAUUUGUGGAAUGUAGGUAUUAGAUGUAUACUGCGAGUCGGUUUAUCACGAAUAUUAAUAAAUAAAUGCCGUAAUCAUAUAUUAAUAGUCUAAAUAUUUGGUUACAUCAUGAUCUUAUUAUUUAAUAGUUGUACCCUCUCGCCCAUGUUUUGAAUCCUUGUCAGAUUUAUGAAAAAGGUUGUUCUGCUCUGAGCAAUUUUGUUAUUCAACGAACUUUGUAGUGAACAUUUUCCAUCAGGUUUUAGUUUCAACUUUGGGUGUCAAAUUUUCACUCACUUCAGUUUGCUCGUGCUUGGGUUCCGUCAAUUUUUCAUCGACAUUUUUAUCCACGAGUAUUGUAACUUGAUAUUUUUAUUUUUUAUCUCUUAAAUUUUGUGUACAAUUCUGCUGUCACUCUGUUUGCUGCUGCGGACAGAUGGAUGUUUCACUUGUAUUUUAUAUUAUAAUUUACCUUUCGUAAUGAAA